AUGUGCUUUACCUCAUACUUUGUAAUUAUUACAAAUAUAGUUAAUUCAUAUCCAAGAAGUGGUGGUUACGCGAGUGGCGGAUAUUAUUUUAUGGGAGAUACUAGUCAUCAGAUAUUACCAGUUUUAGCCGUUAAUAAUCAGGACAUACAAGUGCUCAAUGAUCAACAGCCACAGCCACCCAAACAACAAUUUUUUAUCGUUCCUUAUUCACGUGUGAAAAGUGAUUCUUCUGAUGAAAAAAGACAACCAAAAGAUGAAACUGAAGAUGAAAGUGAUGACAAUAAUCAUAUGCAUACUGAAGAAGAAGAUCCGGGCAAUAGUUGUGACGCCAGAGAUGAUGAACCAAACGAUGACAGCGACGAUGAAGUACAGGAAAGUCAAGACAUUCGAGACUCAAAACCUAAGAAGAAGACAUACUCUGAUGGAUAUACUAUGGGUUGGAUUGAGAAGACAGUCGAUCACUUCGAUUAA